AAACUUUAACGACUUAUAAAUGUGCAUUAUUAAAAAAAUGUACUUUGUGUCAUGUGCCAUGCAUGGCAUAAUAUCCAAAAUCGUUUCACAUUUAGAAAAUUAAAUGUCGAUGAACCAAUAUAAGGGUAGGUAUUAUUGCGUUACCUAUCUACUCCGAGCUUCAAUUCAUAAAUUAUGUGGGUAUACCUUCGAGAUCAGAUUUUUGAGGAGAUACCUAUCUGUUCCGUAUUCGUCAUUGACGAUUAAAAAUAAAAUAUUAUGUUUUAUUCAUUUUUUCUUUUAAAUAUUCCGACACAGAUGACGUGCGGAUGUGGUCGUGGAUCGCUUUCAAAACGUAAAUAUCAAUCAGCUGUUCGGUGUUUUGUUUUAUAUCGACCGCAGCAACCAUCAGACGGGUAACCAUGGUAACAACAGUGUGACAGGAAACCGGUUGUCUCGGUGUCAGGAGAUCUCAAAUUUUUGGUCCGAACAGAUUGGGUCUAAUGCGUCGAGUCGGCUAUGGGCGUUCCUAAUCGGGUUGGGAGAAAACGCAAAAACGACCGAAUUGCAACAGCGGUGUUGUCGGGCAACCGAGCGGUUUAGAGACCGGCGGUCGGGGCAAGCGGCCAGCGGCGGAACUGGUUGAGUUUUGCGAACCCCUGAAAAUGAAAUAGGUAACCUUUAAAAUUAUAAACAAACGGUUUUUUUUUUUAUUAUUACUUUUAUUAUUAUUAUAUUUUUUUUUUGCGGCAUUUCCUUUGUUCGGGUACCCAAACGCCAGGUGUUUUUCACGGCCAACGGAUAUAACAGCAGCCGCCUUGCACACACACUCACACCCCUGUGAUAGUUCUACUACCACCACCACCAUCACCACCACAACUACCAUCAUCAUUGCCUUCAGCUGCAGCAGGACAAGCACGUCAAGCAGCAGGCUGCGGGCAUUGAGUAACAGCAGUAUAGCAGUAGUAGUAGUAGAAGCAGCAACAACAGUAGUAGAGCGGUCCUCAAAUACAUAAGCAGCAGCACUGAACACACUCCUCGUAGUGAUUGUGUGUGUGUGUGUGUGUGUGUGUGUGUGUGUAUGUGUGUGUGUCUGAAUCUGUGUGUGUUAGUGUGUGUUUGUGCGUGUGUGUGUGCGUGUGUCCGUGCACAGGAAUCCACCGGAAGUGCGCCGUCGACUGCUCGGCUGUACGAGCCAGGGUUCAAGCGGUCGCUGUCCAGGAGGUUUCUGUUGCGUUCCCAUCUGGCCCUAAAGCGUUGGAGUUUGUCUACAGGUGGUCGGAAGGAUUUCCGAUUCGUGUCAAGGACGUUUUGUCGUGAUACCCUUACACCUCGUGUAUAUGUGUGAUUUGUUCGUCAAGUAUUCACGGCGGUCUUGUCGAGAUCGGUAACAUUAACCAAAACGAUUUUCUUCGGCCGCAGUCACCAUGGUAUCGCCAUUGUCUCGGUUGCAAAACAAGACAUUUUCGGCAAUGUCAACCAUACUGCAGGAAAAGGAAAAUUAUGAAGAACUCAAUCAGAUUGGAAAUGGUAUUACCCACAUGGUCAAUGUCCAGUGUAAUGAAUAAUCAUAUUGGUAUAUUUUUUUUUGAAGGUGCAUACGGUACUGUCUAUAAGGGACGUGAUCUUGUUAAUAAAGGCAAAUUUGUGGCCAUGAAGAAGAUUAAAAUACCGUUGGCUCAAGAUGGUGUACCUAUGACUACUCUGCGUGAGAUUGCUCUACUCAAGCAGCUUGAUCAACAGGAACAUCCAAAUAUUGUCAAGUACAUAUUAAACAAAGUCAUAACUAACUCUGGUGAUUAUACUAUUUCUUAAAUACUAUUUAGACUUUUGGAUGUGGUACAUGGUCCACGGUUAUAUAAUGAAAGAUGUAUGACACUUUAUUUGGUAUUUGAACAUAUCGAACAAGAUUUAGCCACUUAUAUGGCACGAUGUCCAAAACCAGGAAUGUCUUCUGAAAUUGUUAAGGUAUCAUCAAUGAUUUUUAUUAUAAAUGUCGGUAUAAAUUAUAUUGUUAUUUUAUUUUAAUUUUUUUCAUUUUAUUUGGAUUUUUUAGUUAUUGAAUUUAAUAUGUUAAAAAGUUUCAAUAAUUGGAAAGUUUGUUUUUUGUUUCAAAAAAAAAAAAAAAUAACAAAUUUAGGUACCUAUUCCUAAAAGUAAUGUAAAUUUAUUUUUACUUUAAAAUGUGUACAUUUCAAUUAAAAGUAAAAUUCUUUGAAAUAUUUUAAUUAUGUAAAACUAAUAAAUUAAUCUAGAUAGGUUACUAAUUGGUUUAUAAUUGGAUAAUAUGUAGAUAGGUUAACAAUAAAGAAGUCUUUUCUUACAGGCUAAUCAUUGUAUUAUUGAAGCCUUUUCUAUUAGUAAAUAAAUUAAAUAAAACAAUUCUUCUAUUUACGUUUAUUUACUAUGACAUACCUAUACAUGUAAUAUAUUAUAUAGUUACUUUUACUACUUGAUUGAUUUAUUUUCCAAAACAUGGUUUAGAAAGUGUGUAAUUUUAAUUUAAGGAAUUGAUUAUAAAUACUAGUCACAUAAUUUAAUAGGUAUCUAAUAAAUGUUAUAUUUUAUUUAUGACCUAUAUAGUAGGUAUCUAAUAUAAUUGUUAGCAAUUUUAAUUUAAUUUCAUAAAAAAAAAUUAUUAAUCAUUAUAGUCGAAUAGGUGACCUCAUUAAAAA